AUGAGCACCCAGCCUGCAGUGUUGAAAAAAUGUUUGAGGCCGGCAUGCCUUGUGGGUCUGUUCAUCACCAGCAUCUUCUCUCUGGAAUGUGACCUGCUGAAUGCUCACCUGAGUAGAAUCAUCCAGCAAAAUGUGAGACUUCUGAGCACUAACAACUCAUUUCCUGCAGAAUGCCUAAGAGAUAGGCAAGCUUUCAACUUUCCUGGAGAGUUUCUAUCAUACACGUCGCCUAUGAAAAGGGAACUCAUGGAAGCCUUCUACGAAAUGUCCUUAAAGGUCUUCAACAUCUACAGUCAAUACCCUGUCAAGACGGCUUGGGAAGAGAAACACCAGAGUCAAAUCCAAAUGGGACUUCUUCGCCAAAUAGAGUUCCUGGAACGUUGUCUGAAGAAAGAACAGGGAGAGAAUGGAGGAGGAAAGCCCAGGGAAGAGAACCUCAGUUACUCAGGAGCUGGCGAGCCCCCAGGGAGCAACCAGGAACUGCAAAAAUACUUCAGUAGGAUAGCCAAUUUCCUGAAACAGAAAAGGUACAGUGACUGCGCGUGGAAAGUCGUCCAAGUAGAACUCAGGAGGUGUUUAUACUUCUUUCACAACCUCGCAGUGCAACUCGACAGGGACCAAGAGAUUGUCCUGCUGGCCUGUGUACCCCCGCAUUCAAUGGGACUGGUGGUGAUUUAUGUCAUCUUCACGGUCUUGAAAACUUGGCCUUUCAAUACCCAUCACAUUCAGCUCUCUCAGGAGAGGAACGAACACGAUGCGCGAACGUCUAACUUCUGGGAGAGGCAGCGGAAAAGAGCCACCUCUAAUGUAACAGGAGCCCCCAGGGGGAAACAGCCAGCCCGGAGGCGUCUGUGGGCCGGGACUGGGAAGCCUGAACCUGGUCCUAUCAGCGUCCUCCUUGCUCUACGAGAGCUACAGUGA